CUUAUGUUGACUACUUUUUGGGUUUAAUUUCUUUCUAAGAUUGUACAUUGUUCAUCCGUCCACAGGAUGUCGCUAUUCUAACUCAGAAUCUUAAGUUUUUCUUUGGUAUUGCUGUUUGCGCUCGGCUUCCCCUAGUGGCGACUUGCUGUAAGCAGCAGGCAGAAAGAACUUUUUAUUUCAGUUGGAAAAGAGGCCUUGAGGUGUUAAGACGUUACACACCUCCUCUGCACCAUACAUCGUUGGGAACCCUUGACAAAACAAAAUCUUUUUACCACACACACACACACACACGCACACACGUUGACACAAAGAAAUAAAUGAGAGGAAGGAGUUCGGGCCUCCAAGUUUCUUUGUCGGUUUAGCUCGCUGCCAAAGUCGAGUAGCCAUACGCUCGGCUGAGGGCAGAAGAGUAAAAAGAUUUUCAACACAUCAAGCACCCAAGAUGUCUCAGCAAGAAGUUUCACCACCUAUCAGCCAAGUGGUCACCAGGUCGGAGGCCAGUCAUUCUCAUUCUUCACGCCGGUCCAGAACGAGUCAAGCUGCUGCACAAGCACGAGCAGACGCCGAAGCUGCCUACGCCAGAGCACGGUACGCCAAACGCCAAAUCGACAUGGAGGUCGAGAAGGCACGCAUCGAGGCAACACUACACGCUCUGAAGACGGAAGGUGAAGCAGAAGCAGCGCUCGCCGCAGCUAAAGUUUGGGAGGCGACUUUCGAAGAAGAGGAGCGCGCCAAAGUCGACCUCAGCGAGCAAGGGGUAUUUUCCAAGACACCCCCCUCCAUCAGGCGUGCACAAGAGUAUGUGCAUGCUCACUUUGACGACCAGCGUGUCCAAGCAGAUGGCACACAAACGCCAAACAAUGAGCACCUGGUUAGGCACAAUGACUCUCAACAACCAGAAAAUAGCCCAAAAUCAGCUGGUGCUUUUCCACAUGUGCGUCACAUCGACAUCGCUGACGAAGAGCAUCUCCAAUCUCAUCGUGCGAGAACGGACAUCUCACACCAGCCUACUCCUUCAGCAACCCCACAAAGUGAACUGUCCAAUUUAGCAGCCUAUCUAGCACGGCGUGAUCUGCUGACAUCGGGGUUCAAGGUUUUCGACAACCGGCCAGAGUCCUACCUGUCCUGGAAGUCCAUGUUCUGCAACGCGACGGAAGGCCUCAAUCUCAAGCCCAGCGAAGAGCUCGACCUUCUCACCAAGUGGCUCGGCGGGGAGUCUCUUCAACACGCUCAGAGGAUCAGGGCGGUCCACGUGAGUAAUCCACAGGCAGGUCUCCAACGUCUGUGGCAGCGGCUAGACAAGACUUAUGGCUCUCCAGAGGUAAUUGAAUCCUCACUCUUCCAACGGUUGCAGACUUUUCCAAGAAUCUCCAACAAAGACACUCACUUACUGCAGGAGCUUGCUGAUCUUCUGUUAGAGCUAUCGUAUGCCAAAAGUGAAAGUUAUUUGCCGGGUCUUAGCUUUCUCGACACACCAAGGGGCAUAAACCCGAUAGUUGAAAAACUCCCAUAUGGACUCCAGGAGUCAUGGGUUACACAAGGUACCAAAUACAAAAGGGAAAACGGUGCAGUCUAUCCACCUUUUUCGUAUUUUGUGCGGUUCGUAAAUGACUACGCUGAAAUGAGAACAGACCCUAGCUUUAUGUUACAGUGUUCAAACGUAAUAAAUCCAAGGGUUGAUAAGACAUCAGUAAGACGAGACAAAUACAGAGUUCCACUAGCAGUGAAUAAAAUAGAGAUCAGUCCGGCUAAAUUGACAGCACCCGAUCCAGACAAACAAUGUCCUAUCCACCAAAAACCUCAUUCACUCGUCAAAUGCAGGGGGUUUAGAAUGAAAACACUAGACGAAAGAAAGAACAUUCUCAAAGAGCACGCCAUUUGUUUUAAAUGUUGUGCGUCCACAAAUCACAGGGCUCGAGACUGUAAAGCUAUUAUCCAAUGCUCAGAAUGUGAUAGCGAUGCUCAUGUGUCUGCCAUGCAUGUCGGUCCACCUCCAUGGACACCUCAAGACUUUAAUCCCCCAACCCAGAGUCACGGCGGGGAGUCUGAGGGCCCAAAUCCUGUGAACACAGCCAGUUGCACAGAAGUAUGUGGGCAAGGCGUAAAAGGAAAAUCAUGCUCAAAGAUCUGUUUAGUUAAUGUAUAUCGCCGAACUUCUCCAGAAAAGAAAAAGAGGGUAUAUGCCAUGUUGGAUGAUCAGAGCAAUUCAUCCUUAGCCAGAUCUGCGUUUUUUGACAUGUUUAAUGUGCAAGGUACCAUAUUCCCAUACACCAUGAGAACAUGUGCAGGUUUAUCAGAGACACGAGGUCGCAAAGCUGAUGGCUUUAUUGUAGAAGAUGUAGAUGGUAAGGUCUCCAUGAUGCUGCCUACAAUAACAGAAUGUGAUCAGAUUCCAGAUAAUAGAGACGAAAUUCCCAGCCCUGAGGUAGCAGCAGCUCACCCUCAUUUGCGAUCAAUCGCUUCACAGAUUCCUCCUCUCGACCCAUCGGCAGACAUUCUUCUGCUCCUGGGAAGGGACAUCAUUCAGGCUCAUAAAGUUCGUGGUCAGGAGCCUUUCCAACCGAAGAUCGUGCUGUAGGCAUGCAAGGUCUUGACAUUGGGCAGACUACCCCACCAAUGCAGCGCAGUUUGGGCUUAGGAUGGGAGCUGUUGACUGACCAAUUCAAGUUCCAAGUAAGAGUAAAUGAAAGGCCGUUCACAAAAAGGGGAGUUCUGUCAGUUAUCAACAGUGUGUUCGACCCACUUGGUUUUGCUAUUCCAGUAAUCGUAGGGGGUAGAACCAUACUCAGAGACAUUUCCACAAAUGUUUCAGAGUGGGACACUGAACUGCCAAAAGACAAAUUAGAACAGUGGCAAAAGUGGAAAAGUUCCCUCGGACACCUACAACAUCUUGAAAUUCCCAGAAUGUACACUUCAAUACCGCUGUCUGCAGCCCAAAGAAUAGAGAUUGACGUUUUUUGUGAUGCUUCCACAAAAGCCGUAGGUGCGGUAGCCUACCUCAAACUCACAAAUGAGGACGGACACAGCGAAGUGGGAUUCCUCCUCGGCAAAGCACGUUUAGCUCCUAAACCAGACAUCACCAUACCCCGACUUGAACUCUGUGCAGCAGUCCUGGCCGUGGAAGUAGCAGAGUUGGUUCUAGAGGAGCUGGAUGUCACAGUCGAUCAGGUGAAUCUUUACACAGACUCAAAGGUAGUGCUUGGGUACAUCUCAAACACCAAGAGACGCUUUCACGUUUAUGUGCACAACAGAGUCGAACGCAUCAGGCGCUUUGCACAAACUCACCAGUGGCAUUACGUGCCCACACACUUAAAUCCGGCAGACCAUGCCACACGAGCGUUGCCCGCUGAGCAGCUCU